AUGUCUUCUAACGAAACAACCAACGCUUUUCAGGAUGUAACUAUUCCAGACACCAAAAUCGUUCAAGAUUUCGUUGUAAAGGCUCUAGAUGGAUUUAAUCAGACAGCGAAAAUAGAAGUUCGAGGUCAGACCAAUGAACUUUGCAAUACUGUUCAAUCAUUUGUCGAUAAAAUACUCGCUGAAGGAAAAACAUUCCAUAAAUUAACACAUAACAGUGUUGUCGGAAGCCAAAGAAUAGCCAAUUAUUGCACAGAUAUUAUAUCAUACGUCGAUACACUUGCGAAAGAAAGAGUAAGAGGUGAAGACUUUUAUGAAGCGCUUAAAGAUUUACUGGUGACGGCUGGAGAAUGUAAGGAUGAAGCUACCGCGUUAAAGAAAGGAUACAUUCAAAUUUGUCAUAACUUGAAAGAGAUCUCUGCAGAAUUGCAAGAAUAUGAUAAAUAUCUUGAAAGUAAUAAGGUUGAACAUGAUAGAAACAUGACUGAUAUGGGUAAUGGAAAAAAAGCGGCCAAGCGAAUAAAAUGGACAUGCAUUCUUAGUAGUACAGGAAUGACUAUCCUAGCUCCUGUGACUGGGGGUAUUUCUUUAAUCGGUACAGCCAUUUUUGCGCAUGUUGCCAAUAAACAGGAUACAAAGGUGAACGAAUGUCGCCUCUCUAGAAAUGAAUCUCGUGCUAUGUUGCAAAAAUUGAAUGCCAUCAAAGAGCCGAUUACAGGAAUCACUACACAAACAGAUUACAUCAUCGAUAUUGUUGACAAAUUUCAAGAGUUUUGGGAUAAGCGAGUCAUUGAAAUUGAACUCCUCAUUGAAGAUUUUGAGAAAAAGAAAGAUAGUAUGGUGGGUUACAAUAAAUUAAUCGCGUCUCCAGUUAUUAAGAAAUGGACAAACGUUCGUAAUCAGUACACUUCCUAUUCAACCAAUGUCUUGACCUCGUUGAAUAAUACUACAACUAGUAAAAGAAUUGCAGUAGAGACUUAG